AUGGUUCUUAUUUUUUAUCUUAUUUCAGCUUUUUUUCAGGAGAUUUUCAUGGAUUUGAACUUUGCGCGCGUCCGCGUAAAACUUGGAGCUCAACUUCGGCUUACCUGCGCAGGUGGAAGGAAGGAAGGAAGGAAGGAAAGAAGGAAGGAAGAUAUCACGCUGAAAAUCAAGGGAUCGAGUCCAUGCGAGCUGCCAUCUGAUCCCCCCUACCUCCUCCACCACUUUCCACACACACACUCACACUUACACGCACACACACACACACACACACACCUAUCAAUGAAGCAGGAGAUCAUGGCGGAUGGCCCCAGGUGUAAGAGGCGAAAACAAGCCAAUCCGAGGCGGAAGAACGCAGCUCUGAACUACGAGAAUGUGGUGGAGACGGGCUCAGAGACCGAGGAGGAGGACAAGCUGCCCGUGUCCGAGGAGGACCCCCUGAUCAAUGGCACAGGCAGCCCGGCCAGCAUCACCAACCUGGAGGCGUCACCGCGUGCUGAGAGCCACAGCCUGCUGACCAAGGACGAAGAGGACGACGAGAUGAGGGACAGCGGUGUGGAGCACAUCUGGCCUGACAAUGACAUCCUGAGUGCCUCGGUUGAUGGUACUGAUGAAAUUAAAGAUGAUUUUGAUGCCAUGGGGCCUGAAGCCACCUUGCAGGCAGUUAGAAACGGUACAGUCAAGAGCGUGGAUUGCACUUCAGAGCUGGAGGACUUCUUCGCCAAGCGAAAGCUGGACGACAGUGACAGCCACGUGGUGAGCAUCGCCGAAUACCUGCAGCGCGGCGACACGGCCAUCAUUUACCCAGAAGCCCCGGAGGAGCUGAGCCGGCUUGGAACGCCGGAAGCCACAGGACCCGAGGAAAACGACCUGCCACCUGGAACGCCAGAUGCUUUCGCCCAACUGUUGACCUGCCCCUACUGCGACCGGGGCUACAAGCGUUUGACAUCGCUCAAGGAGCACAUCAAGUACCGCCAUGAGAAGAACGAGGAGAACUUCGCCUGCCCCCUGUGCAACUACACGUUCGCCUACCGCACUCAACUUGAGCGGCACAUGGCCACACACAAGCCUGCCAGGGAUCAGCACCAACUGCUCAACCAAGCGGCCAGCAACCGCAAGUUCAAAUGCACUGAGUGUGGCAAGGCCUUCAAGUACAAGCACCACCUGAAGGAGCACCUCCGGAUUCACAGCGGUGAGAAACCCUAUGAGUGUCCUAACUGCAAGAAGCGCUUCUCCCACUCAGGCUCCUACAGCUCCCACAUAAGCAGCAAGAAGUGCAUCGGUCUGAUCGCCGUCAACGGCCGCAUGCGCACCAACUUGAAGCCGGGCUCCUCCCCCACCUCUGCCUCUGCCUCACCCACCAACACUGCCAUCACCCAGCUGCGUCAGAAGAUCGAGAACGGCAAGUCGCUUGGCCUUGCUGAUCAUGGGAACCACAUGAGCAUCAAAACGGAGCCGCUUGAUUUCAACGAUUAUAAGUUGAUGAUGGCCUCCCAUGGAUUUGGUGCUCCUGUUCCGUUUAUGAAUGGAGGGUUGGGAGGGAACAGUCCACUAGGGGUCAACCACAACUCGACGGCUCAGAGCCCUUUGCAGCAUCUGAGCAUGGCCGGACUUGAAUCGCAGUUUGCGGGCUACCCAGGUCCAUUGGGGAACAACCUUAGUGAGGUGCAGAAGGUUCUCCAGAUUGUGGAUAACACUGUUUGCAGGCAGAAAAUGGACUGCAAGCCGGAGGAGCUCUCCAAACUCAAGGCCUACAUGAAGGAGCUGGGAAACCAGAUGGAGGAGCAGAAACAGGGCUUAACAUCUUCAGGGGGACCUCAGGUUGGUCUUCCAUUGGUCAAUCACAAUGGCGCCACCAAAAGCAUCAUCGACUACACGUUAGAAAAAGUGAAUGAAGCCAAAGCCUGCCUCCAGAGCUUGACAACAGACUCAAAGAGACAGAUUAGCAAUAUCAAACGAGAGAAAUCCAACCACAUGCUCGAUGGAGGUAUGGACGACAAGGUGCCGGAAAGCAUGUUUACACCCUACACUUGUCAGUAUUGCAAAGAAACCUUCCCAGGGCCAAUACCUUUGCAUCAACAUGAACGCUACCUGUGCAAAAUGAACGAGGAGAUCAAAGCUGUGCUGCAGCCCAGUGAGAAUCUGAUGGCUAACAAACCAGGGAUAUUCAUGGAGAAGAACUCCCACUCCUCCAUUUUGGCUGAGAAGGGACUCACUGCCCCUCUUAACCCUUACAGGGACCACAUGUCUGUGCUGAAAGCUUAUUUUGCCAUGAACAUGGAGCCCAACUCGGAGGAGCUGCUCAAAAUUUCCAUAGCAGUCGGCCUUCCUCAGGAAUUUGUCAAGGAAUGGUUUGAGCAGCGAAAGAUGUAUGAGUAUAGCACUUCCAGGACCCCACCACUUGAGCACAGGAACAACAUAGAUAUGGUUGUCGGAACAAAUAACCACCAAACUCCACCAAAAGACUCUUUGGCAGCUAGGUCGCCUGUGUCUCUUAUCAAACCUGCCGACCGCAUCACGUCCCCCUCCAUCGCGGAGCUCCAUCACAACGUCAACAACUGUGAUAACUCACUCAGACAUUUGAAGAACCACCAGUUCGGUGGUAACGCCAAGUCGGCAGGUGAAAAAUUGGACCACUCCCGCAGCAACACCCCGUCACCUCUAAACCUGUCCUCCACAUCUUCCAAAAACUCCCACAGCAGCUCCUACACUCCAAACAGCUUGACUUCGGAAGACCUGCAGGCUGAGCCGCUCGACCUCUCUCUGCCGAGACUCAUGAAGGAACCCAAACAUGCACUGACUGUCAAAAGCAGGCCAAAAGUCAAUAGCAUUACAAUCGACCACAACAGCAUCCCUUCUCCCCGAGAGCACUUCGAAGAGCCUCUGAACUUGGCCUAUCUCAAGAGGGAUUUCUCAGGCUCAAUCAACAAUGGGAACCUUGAAAAAAGCACUAGCCCCAUCUUUGGCAUUAACCCGUUUGCUGCCAAACCCUUAUAUACAUCACUUCCACCCCAGAGCGCUUUCCCCCCUGCCACAUUUAUGCCCCCCAUGCAGGCCAGCAUACCAGGUCUAAGGCCCUACCCGGGCAUGGAUCAAAUGGGCUUCCUACCGCACAUGGCCUACACAUACGCAGCAGGGGCAGCUACCUUUGCAGAGAUGCAGCAGAGGAGAAAGUACCAACGAAAACCAGGUUUCCAGGGGGACCUGCUUGACGGUACACCAGAUUACUUGUCAGGGCUGGACGACAUGACAGACCCCGACUCCUGUCUGUCGCGGAAGAAGAUUAAGAAGACCGAAAGUGGUAUGUACGCGUGUGACUUGUGCGACAAAACAUUCCAGAAGAGCAGUUCCCUUCUAAGACACAAAUAUGAACACACAGGCAAGAGGCCGCACCAAUGCCAGAUCUGCAAGAAAGCCUUCAAACACAAACACCAUCUCAUCGAGCACUCACGGCUGCACUCUGGCGAGAAGCCUUACCAGUGCGACAAGUGCGGGAAGCGCUUCUCCCACUCGGGCUCCUACUCACAGCACAUGAACCACCGUUACUCUUACUGCAAGCGAGAGGCUGAAGAGCGGGAGGCGGCCGAGAGAGAGGCCCGUGAAAAGGGCCACCUGGAGCCCACCGAGCUGCUCAUGAGCAGGGCGUACUUGCAGGGCAUGACUCCUCAGGGCUACCCAGCAGAACUGGCGGAGCGCGAGGCCAUCCUAAGGCAUGACGCCGUGAACGGAGGGAUUAGGGUAGAGGGACGGAAGGAGGUAGAUGGAUCGUACGCAAAGAUAGGACGGAGGGACGAGUUCGAGGAGGAGGAAGAGGAGGAGAGCAAGAGCAUGGACACGGACCCAGACACGUUGAGGGACGAGGAGGAGAACGGGGAGCACUCGAUGGACGACAGCUCGCUGGACGGCAAAACGGAAACCAAAUCGGAUCAUGAGGACGCGAUGGAGGACGGCAUGUAAUGAAUGAGGAAGGACAGGGGACACUUUUUACGAAGCUUCCCAUAUUAAAGUUUUCAGUUUGUCUCUUUCGGUUCAGUAUUCUCACCUGCUCGGUUUAAAACGCCGUGUUUUAAGCUGCACGUGCCUGAAGCUUCUGGGAAGCUCUCUUUGGGACGACGUCUACCGAAAGGGACGGGACUCAAAAAUCAAUCCGAAGGACGGGAGGCGCGGGUUUGUGAAAUAAGCUGCAUUAUGCAAACCGAACAACAAAUAAAUGAAUAAAAAAAUGUACAGUACUAAGGCCUAAAACAACGUGUGGUGCUAACCUCCUGUGUUCCAUAGUAUUUAUAGCACAACUAGUGACUUGUACAAAUUGCACUCCGCUUCUAUAAUCAUGAACAAAAAUAAUAAAAAGUAUUGCCUAUGUAUAUAUUUAUACAGUGUUGGAAAAGAGCAGUAUUACCUGCACUGCAGUCCUUCAGUAUUACCACCUACCUGCGUUUUUCGGUGUCGUUUUUAUUUCUUGAAACAUCUCCAGCCGCACUGUUUUAGGCCUCUUGAAUUGAAUCUAAUGAAGGAAUUGAAACUGUGUUCGUUUUGUUUUUUUAAAGAAGUUUUAAAGAGACCUUCGUUUUAAGGGAAAAUUACAGUUUAUGGACGGAGCAUUGGGGGGAAUAAAAAGAAGAAAAAAAAUGAAGGACGAAGCCUUUGUAAGGUGUUUUUUGAUAACAAAAAAGAAGCCUUAUAUGCAAACCUUUUAACCUGUGUGUUUUUCUGCAAGUGCCACCCUCGUAUUGUGUAAAAGGACGGUUCGGUUUUUUAUUUUUUAUUUUGUUCUUCUUCACCAGCUUCAGUAUUAUGAUGAGAUGGUUCACCGUUGUUCUCCGAAGCACCUGUGUCAGUAUUAAAGACGUAUAGGCAGCCAUUUUCCUUUAGUUUACAUUAUGUUGUGCAAUGUUUUCUCAGCUCUUUUCUUUUUAACUCUCUCAGUAUUACAACCAAACCGUUUUUCCUUUUUUUUUUUGAUUAUUUAUGUGGCCCAUUUUAUAUUUCCUAAUUUUAUUUAUUUCAUACUGUUGUGUACAGUACUAUAGUUCUUCAAUAUAUAGAUAUAUUUUAGUAAAAAGGAACAUGUUGUCGAUCAUAGGGGCAAAUUUUACGUAAAAAAGAGCAUUUAUUGUGUUUUGAAACAUUGUGAAGUUUUAAUCUUAUUUUUUUUUUCUUUUACUUUCCAGUUACUGGAAAAAAAUCCAAAAUUUGGGAACUUUUAUACAAUUGUGAAAACACUGUAUUUUCGACUGAAAAAAAAUUCCACUUUCUUCAUCUUUGUUUUCUUUUUUUAAGCUGAAAAAAACAAUGAAGAGGGACUGUUAAAUACUAUGUAUGAUAUGAUGACUGAAGAAGAAAUCUUUCCUGAAAUGUCUUUGUAAAAGUAUUAUGGAUUCUUAAUUUGUAAUUUUCUCUUGAAGAUGACCCUGCUCGAAUAAAAAGUAGCCAAAUUACAGAGUACGGAA